AUCCUAUCCCACAAUUCCACUCAGUUCUAUAUAUACGAGAAGUGUCAGCAGUCAGCACCGAAGAUUAAUUUCAACUAAUAGUAAUGGCACAGUACAAAGUCCAUGAUCCAGACAAGAUGAUCCAAUGUCCUUUGGAUAAAGCCCAUGUUUUGCAGGCUAAGAGAAUGCAAUAUCAUAUUAUGGACUGUAGAAAAAACUUCAAAGCAGAUGAGCUGGCCACCUGUCCACUCAAUGCCAGACAUGUGAUGCUAAAGAAGGAUUACAGAGAGCACAUGGAGAGUUGCCCAGACAGGGCUGUGGUUGAAGCAAUGAUUUCUGGUGAGACUGGAGAGGAAUCUUCAAUGUUCAGAGGAUGUGUUGAUCUUCCUGUUUAUGAACAAGUGAACAUCCCUAAUGCAGAAAACUGGGAUGAUGAGAUUCCAUCUGUGCCUAGAAUAGGAGUAGAUCCCCAGCACUUGGCCAAGCAAGAUCACAUGAUCAUUCCAGGACUGACUCGAUCACAGAAGAAAAAGUUUGCCAGACAGAUGCACUUUCCAGCUGAAAACAGGAGUUAUGUGACUCAUCAAACAAAGAACAAUGAGCCCAGCAAGGUGCCCCUCCCCCAGCAGUGUCCCCCCAGGACGACUGCACCCACAAAAGGGUCUCAGUCAAUGAGGUCAAAUCAACGUUCAUCCGCAGUGUUUGCAUAUAGUUUAUCAACGGCAGGAAUAGGUCGAGGUCGUAGCCAAUCAGGAAAAUUGUUACCACCUCCUUCUGCUGUGCCUAAACUAAACAAUGGUUUUGGGAAGGAAAAUGGAAGAACAGAGGACUCUAUGGAAGAUCUCAAUAAGAAUCUGAAGAAGAUAGAGAAGAAGCUCCGACAGAUUGAGCUGUUGGAGACCAAGGUGGAUGAGGGACACACCCUGACGGCUGAGGAGGCUGAAAAAGUUGGUAAAAAGGAGAAGCUGACCAAAGAAAGAGAAGACCUGCUGCAUCAGAAAGUGAAAUCAAACAGAGGUUGAAUGGCCACCAGUGUAGUUGAACAGUUACAUGUUAUUAUAACAUGAUCUUUAAAAGCAAAAUUUUUUCUUUGAGGUUAAAUUUUGCUUAUAUUAUUGUCAAUAUUACAUGUUUAUCUACAAAAAUUAUAUUCCAACCCCCAACAAUAUUUAUUUUCAAAUUUCGUAAUCUGAAAUUCAACUCAUGAAAGAUGGUUAAUACUGUGUUGUCAUGACGGAUGUUGUUGUUAAAGUGAUCUUAUAUUCUAACUUAAAAAUAAGUUUUGCUUAAACCUGCCUGCGUUCAUGUGCAUUUAUAGAGGGUUGAUGGUCAUUCAGAAAUGUUUGUAGAUUGGUUAUGGUAUCCAAGAAAACAAUGGUUAGCUUGAUUCUUGUUCAAACUGUUGUACAAUUAGGCAAAAGUGUUGUCUUAUUUCUAUACUAAGUUGCCGUGAUUAUAGGUGUAGGUGUAGACUCAUGUACAUAUUAACAACUCAAUAUGGUGAUGUAGAAAUGUGUCUGGCUGUUAGUACAUUUUACUGAUUCUGAGCACUUAUUUAAACCAGGCUCUAGACCAGAACAUAUAUUGGUGUAUUGAAAAAAAAUUCAGUCAAACUUAGAUUUCAUGUGUGUAAAUAAUAAUUAUAUUUAAAAUUGGGUGGAUGGGGGUGGGAGGCUGUUUAUUUUUUUGACCCAGUCAAAUAAAAUUUAAAAAAAUAACAACAUAAUAAAGCCUAUUCUCCUAUGAUCUCUGUGCAAGUCCAAAUAUGUGUAAGAUACUUACAGUAUAUUGUUCUUCUAAGCCAAAUUAUGA